GAUGUUGAACUGCUGGCGGUUCCACCGGUUUUUAAUUGUCAAUGCUGAAUCCACUCAAGUAAUCAUACAAGAACACACAUCAAGUUUCGUAUAUAAUCAUGCACACCUUCACAUUGAACUAACUCAUCUAAAAACUUACCUCUUAAGGCAGAAAAGAAGUUUAUUUAUUUAAAUUUUCGUCUUCAACAAAUUCAUAUAUAGGAUAUUAUGUUUAUUUUCCAAAAUUCCUACAGGUUCCCAAUCUGGCCAUAUAUCAAGUUGACAUUCUGUUUGUGGCUAGUGUUGCCAGUUUUCAAUGGAGCUGCUUACAUUUAUGAGAAUUUUGUGAGGAAAUAUGUCAAAGUUGGAAGCUAUGUGAACCCAAAUUAUCCUGAAGGUCAGAGAAGGGUACUUCAGAUGAUAAGCCUUGACGCCAGGAAAUCAGUCGAGAAAUACAUCGAGAAAUAUGGUCCAGAAGCCUUCGAUCGAGUUAUCAAAGCGGCUGAGAAAGAGGCGAAGAAACACUGACAAAUUAUUUUAAGUCCCUAAAAGUCCCAUUUAUCAGCUUUUCAUCCCCUUAAUUAUGAUUUGUUGAAGACUGAAUAAAGAUUAUAGAGCAGACAUGUAAUAGUGAAUAUGGGGGGAAGAUAAAACUAUUUAUUGAUUUUUUUAUUUUUAUUUUUUAUGUGGAUUAUUAACUAGCAGUGAUAAUAUUUCCACCAUUGUGCUCAAUAAAAGUUGCUGUUCAUCAAUGGAAAUAAUCUGAUUGAUUUU